CGCGCUCCGGCAGGGCCCACUUGUUCGCCACGCCGCUACGCCGGCCUGUCACUCGCGAGCGCGUCGCCGGUGCGGCAACAUCGAGCGCGUCCCCCUUCGCAGCUCGACUGACCCGCGCUCAACGACCCCCCCGGGUUCGUUACGCUCGAGAGAGUCGCCGGGAGUCGCCACGUUACCGAGGAGGGCGCGAGGAAGGACGAUCGGUUCCCGGGUCUCCGGUCCGGAGGUCCAAGAGUGUCGAGGAGUGCUGGAGAACGCAGAUCGCGGCCGAUCGGUGAUCCCCUCGUGAGGGAAACAGUGCGGGUGACAGUAGUAUCGGGUCGGAGGAACAUGUUCUGAGAGCUGGCCCCUCGUCGCGGGUAGUUUUCUUCCUUUUUCUCGACAUAUUUUCUCCACCUGGUGUUCGCGGGAACAAAGAAGAGACCGAGAAUGGCGAACGAGACGUUGGCGCGCGAGGUGGACGCGCACAUCGUCACUAUCCUGUCGAGGCUGUCGGCCCUCCGGGAGAACAAUGCCGACGUGAGCGAGAGAAAGGCGCCCAUGUCCACGGAGGCUCGCAGCCUGGAGCUGUGGCGAGCGGUGGCCGUCGAGUGCCUGGCCACCUUCUUCUUCAGCCUCGUGGUGGCCGGCGCGGCCGCCGCCUCCUCCGUAUCCGGAAGCGGCCUCUCCGCGUUAGCCACCGCCGUAGCUUCCGGCUUCGCCAUGGCCGCGAUCUCCCUCAUCUUCAGCCACAUAAGCGGUGGACACGUGAAUCCGGCGGUCUCGGUGUCGUUCGCUUUGUGCAGACGGAUUUCCCCGCUUCGCGCGGUGCUGUACGUCGCGGCACAAUGCGGCGGCGGCAUAGCUGGGGCGGCGAUGCUUUACGGAGUAACUGUGCCUUCGAAUACGCAGACCCUGACGGCCCAUGGUAGGCUGGUCGGCGCGAUCGAGAGGCUUUUGAUCGAGAUAGCGCUAUCAGUGUUUAUCGUCCUAGCACAUUUCUCUGUGGACUCACCUAGAACAUUGCCAGCUACGAUUUCUUCGAAAGCCUCCGCAGUUUUGGCCGCGGCCUAUACAGCGGCCACUCUCGUUUUCAGUCCUUUCUUGAAUCCAGCGCGCGCAUUGGGUCCGGCCUUCGUGAUGAACCGCUGGGACAUCCACUGGGUAUACUGGGUGGGCCCGCUGUCGGGAGGUGCUGUGGCGGCUCUGUUGCACGAAUACGUCCUGAGUCCCAGGCGCGCGAAGGACUCGCGCGACAUGGACGACGGCGACAACUCGUCCAUGAGGUCCGACGAGGACACGUACGACGACCUGGACAAGCCGAACGGGCCCAAGUUCCCCGGCGCGUACGCGACCUAUCGCCCGGUCGCUGGCGCGUCCUCCUCCAUCUACAGCGCGCCGCCAUCCGCGUUGGAGCGCGUCGAGUCAAUCUACGGCGGUACCAAGUCGCUCUACUGCAAAUCGCCGCCGUUGACGCGCGCCAAUCUGAACCGCUCGCAGAGCGUUUACGCCAAGUCGACGUCGGGGCCGCGGGACGGCCUGAUGAUCCCGAAACCAGGCCCGCUGGUGCCGGCGCAGAGUCUGUAUCCCAUCAGACUGGGUCAGAAUGGCUGUCAAAACGUCGUCAACCGCGAGACCCAGCCCGGACCCGGUGGCCCACCGAGCCAGUCGCAGAAUCACAACAGCACCAAUCAGAACAUGCAGAACCAGCUGCAGCAAUGCACGCAGAGCAUCUACGGCAUCCGCGGGAUCUCCACGGGCCUCAGCACGCGGGAGAACGGUAUCUACGGAGUGUCCACCGGCUCCACCAUCUACGGUCGCGCGCCGGCACCACCGCCAAGCAGCCAGAAUUCGCAGCAAUCUGGUCAGAGCGGUCAAUCCUCGAUACAGAAUCAUUCGCCACCGCAGCCGCCAUCGCAGCAGCAACAACAGCAGCAACAGCAGCAGCAACAACAGCAGCAGCAACAGCAGCAGCAGCAGCAGCAGCAGCAGCAGCAACCACAUCAGAACGGACCGUUGUCGAGCAACUCGGAUAACGGGACGAGCUCCAGGCGGCCCGAGAGCAUGUACGGCCACUUGUCGAGGCGCAGUGACGAUUCCGCGUACGGUAGUUAUCAGAGCUCUACGCGGGGAAAUUACGGGAAAGUGCCCGGGCCGCCGGGUCCGCCCAACGGACCCCCGCAGUACCGCGAUCAGGGAAGACCGAGUCCAGCCGGGCCUCUUCAGCAAAGUCAAAGCGUGCAGAGUAACUUCCAAAGAAACUCGCCGAAUCCUCAGUAUUGACUGUAGACUGUCGAUGGACCGCACAGGCCACCGUGAUCCAUGCGAUCAGCGAGUCGCCUCGCAUCUAUGCUGACGACGUAGCUCCCUAGUAUGAAAUGAUUCGUCGACCGCUAUCGAAUCGACAUCAACACCAUCGAAUUGAUGUCGAAUUAACGUCAAUUUGACGGUGUCGAUUAGACAUUGUUUUGACAUCGAUGAGUCAUUUCUCGUUGUAAGAAUUUUCCCCGCUCGGAACACGAGUAGAGUUCGUCUUGAUACGUCAAAUGCUAUUUGCAAUGGCAAAUUUUAUAAAAUUCAACUUUGCACUUGAGAAUUCUGCCUCGUUCUGUUGAAGACGGGAUUAAUAAGAUUGGACCAAUCACUGAUUCGUAUUACUAAAUCUUGGAAUUUGUAGAUAUGCAUCACAAUAAUGUACACGCGCCGUGUGUUUCUACGUGGUGCGUGUUGGGAGGGAAAGGGUCGUGCGAUCCGAUCGCGAAACUUUCCCAUCGACGUUUUGUAAUGUUAGAUUUAUGAUUAGGUACGUAACUAACAAGUAACGGAAGCAACCAAAACUUAGAAGGAACAAAAUCAAGAAACAUGAACUAUGUGCGUAUGGAAGCAUUGUUCUCUAUAAACUUAGCAUAACAAUUCCAGAAUUUGUAGCUACGUCAAAGAUAGAUCGAACUUCGAGCCGGCUCGUUAUACACUGUUGCGCCUCUAUGUAAAUAUUUUAAUUUAAUUGUUACUCAUAUAAGAAUAGAGAAAAGUCCUCUGUUAUGAGAUAGGA